AUGGAUCCUCCAGUUGGACGGGAGGCAGUCAGGGGGGGAGACACAACCAAAAAGAAAAUACCCAAAGUCGCUUUUUACGUUUUGGGAGCGGCUUUCACUCUAUCAGCAGGUCUCACAGUUCUCAUAUUUCCUUAUAUCCGUCAAGCCGCUCGACUCUCGAGAGAAGCUUCUCUUCAAGCUACUUCUCAUCCCACUACUCGUAUUCCCUCUUCAAUUCUUCAUCCUCAUUCCAUCCAUCCCCUGCCUCCCACAAAUAUGAGCACCACCCCAUUGGAAUCGAACAUGUCAAUUGGUAAAGACACUGGAUCUUCAGCUUCACUCUUAAAUACAAUCGUCCAAAGUGAGGAGUCGGGAUUGAUGACUUCCGAUAAUCAACACGAAUCACUGCUACUACAUGGAGCAGGAGGAAGUCAAGAUGAAGCGAAAAAAAGAGGAGAAGGAUCACCCGAGGGAAUGAAUACAACAACAGGAGUAGAUAAACUCAACCAUAGCUCUACCGAGCAAAAAGCUGGACGGGGUGAAGACUCAGGAGGAGAAGAAGAUGCAAUGGGAGCUUUAGAAGGGUUCAAAGCUCUUGGAAUAGCUACCGGGUUGGUAUUCGGUACAGCAGCUUUAGGUAUCUGGGGUACAUCAUAUAUAUUAGGAGUCAACGAUAUGUCAUCGUUCAGUCGGAGGAUGAGAGAAACGUUGGAGACUAACAUGCCUUCUUUAGUUGACAGAGUACAUUCCGUCCCUGAUUCUAAGGAUUUUUUGAUCAUACCGAUGGAAGAUCAAGAUGAAACGGAGGAGUUGAAAGAGAUGAGGGAUUUUUUCGAGGAUAUAGAUAGAGAAUGGGAGUGA